AUGGCUGCCAUGGAAACCAUUCACCGUCUGAAGUGUAAGACGUUAGGUAAAGUAGCUUUCAAAAUUGAUAUUAGUAAAGCCUCUGAUUGGGUAGAUAGGAGAUAUUUAAAUAAUGUGAUGGAAAUAAUGGGUUUUUGUAGCAAAUGGAUUGAGUGGACGAGUAUGUGUUUGGAGUCGGUGCAAUUUUCAAUUUUGAUGAACGGAGAACUUGCAUGGUGUUACGGUGUUACGAAGAACUUGCAUGGUGUUACGGUGUGUGGAGGGGCUCCAACUCUCUCGCAUAUGUUAUUUGCUGAUGAUAGUUUUCUUUUCUUUAGGGCCAAUGAAAGGGAGGCUAAAUGCAUCCAAAAUAUUUUGUCAACAUAUGAACGCACUUCAGGCCAAGCAAUCAACAUGGUCAAGUCAGGGAUAUUUUAUAGCAAAAACACAUUGAGUGAUAUGAGUGAGACUAUCAACAAUUUAUUUGGAGUAACAAAAUGUUUGGGAACUGACAAGUAUUUGGGUAGAGGAAUUAGAUGGCUUAGUUGGCAAAAGCUAACCAUCCGAAAAGCGUUUGGAGGUACAAGGUUUCGUCAUUUCCAUGGAUUUAACAUGGCAAUGCUAGGGAAGCAAGCUAAGAAAUUUAUUUUCAACCCAAAUACUAUGGUUUCUAGAAUGCUCACAGCUAAAUAUUUCCAAGGGAGGGGUUCUUGGAAGCCUGUGUUAGACAUAACCCAAGCUAUGUCUAGUGCAAUAUCCAUACUUCCCAGGUAG